UUCUCCUGAUGUGUGAACAUGUGCUCGGAGUGUGGAGGCUGUUGGGAUGUUUACAGUUGUUGUCUAACACCUCAACACAUCACAGUCACACACCAUCAAACGACAGAGCCGACUGAACUUCAAACACUUUGGCACUGGCUCCUUUUCUCGGGAAAAGAAACCGAUAUUCAGAUUGAUCUUUCAAUGAUACUUGUUUGAAGUUUCCAAGUAUAUAACCAAUACAUGUCUAUACCUAUCUACUCUAGAGACAUCAUUAGUUAUAUAUUGAUAAUGUCCUUUAAAACAAACUCCAAACGUCAAAUAACCUGGUUCCUCUGAACUGUGUGGGUGAGAUUUGAUUGACAGUUGGCAUCUCACUGUAAACACACAUCGCUCGGUUAGAAAAAUUAAAAUCCACAGGUUUCCUUCAAGUUUGUAUUUAUUGUUCUGAUUCUUCCAACUCGCAGUGCAAAAGCUCUUUUUUGAAUGGGCUCCUCUCCUGGACGUCUGAACUGUUGCACACGGGCUCCACGAGGGAAGUCUGCCGUGUCAAACUGGUGGAAGUGGCUGCAUGUUGAUCUUUUCUAAUGGCUGCCCCUCUGUAACACCCACGUGUGCCUGGUGGCGGAGGCACUUUGUGCUCAAUUACGUGGCGGUGGAGAUGACAUGAGACAGCGGCGUGCUCCCCCUCUGGGGUCACCACUUUCCCAUAUCAACACAAGCACACUGGGUCAGUCUCCCAGCUCUAUACGACCCCCCCCCCCCCCCCCCUGCACCCGGGGGCUCUUUCUCUUCCCAGUCUAUUCCUCCACCUGCUCCCCAGAGACACACUCAUUGUCCCCACGGCUAUAAACACUUCAUUGAGCAUGUGGCAGCCCUGCGUUCCUCAAAGCCCUUCCCAGCGCUCUCAUUGGCCCAGGGACUGUGAGAAAGUCCAACAAGCCCAAGACCCACACAUUCAUAUGGAGAUGUGGGCGUAUAAAUACAGGGCCGAGGCAGAGGAGAAGGCAGCUCAGACUCAACUGGCUCUUCAACAGGAACACUCUGACACUACAGCAAUGGCUCCCACCGUUUUUGGACAAACAAACUACUCUAAGGAGCAUCUCACUCCUGCUCAUAAGCUGAGAAAGCCGAUGGUUGAGAAACUGCGCAGAGACAGAAUCAACAUCUGCAUCGAGCAGCUGAAAUCCCUGCUGGGCCCAGAGUUCCUCAGGCAGCAGCCCGACUCCAAGCAGGAGAAGGCUGACAUCCUGGAGAUGGCUGUGUCUUACAUGACAGGCUGGCAGCAGCAGCAGAAGCAGCAGGUCAGCUUGACCUCCGGUCCGACAACAGCCAUCGACGGCUACUCCCGCUGCGUGCAGGAGGCGGUCAGCUUCCUCUCCCUCUGCGACGUCCAGACCCAGGCCCACAGGCGGCUGCUCAGCCACUUCCAGGGCCUGCAGGGGUCCAGCAGUCCCUGCAGCCUCUCACCUCCCGGCUCUCCUCACCACCAAGCCAGCUCCAACAAGGGUCCGAGUCAGGCCAGCUGUGGUCUGUGGAGGCCCUGGUAGGACGGAGAAAGAAAACUACGUCUGUGAACGUCAUGGACAGAAAGUUAAAGACUCACUCAAGUCUGUUUGCUUUUUGGCAGAAGAAUCAAUAUUGUUUGAGGGUUUUAUUAGUGUAUGGAAAUGGGGUAAAUGUCCCAGUAAUCCUUUGGAAGGAUUGAAAAGAAUCAGGCUCUACUGUUUAUUUACACCAUGUGUACACAUGUUGUACUCUUUAUAAUUUAGAGUGUUGACUGUGUGGUUGUGUUCAUUGUUCCUGUGGAACAACAGAUCCUGUUUGUUCUACAAACAUCCCUGAAUGAUCUUCUUCUAAGACCCAUGUUGGGUUGAAACUAAAUGUCUGAGACAUUGUUUAUCUGAUGUGUUGAACCACUGUUUAUCUUUGAUACUGAGUAUCACUGACUGAUGCUUCUCAUCAGCUUGGUGCUGAUGAAGCAGCUAAAUGACAUAAAUGGAUCCCAUGGAUCCACUUUUACUGUAAAUCUUGUGAUGAUUAUACUUUAUUGUGACUUUGUGUAACCAUUAUUUGGCCUGUGUGUUAACUGCUGAAAUUUUUUUCACCUCCACAUUUAUACCUUUUGUGAAGGUACUUCAUGUUGACAUCAAUCUUUACUGAAAGAAUCUGUUGAAUUGCUUCCUGUGGAAGUUACCUUUGAACGUUUCAAAAAAAUAAAUGAGAAACUUCACAUGAAGUUCUGCAAAUAUAAA